GCGCAUAAUGGCCACCACUCAGGAUCAGGAAGACGACGAAGCCGAUAUUAAUCCGAUCAAAAUGCUGUUUCCGGCCGAUGAAGACCACAGUUCCGAUAACGGAGUGCCGUUUCCGCCGCAUGAAGUAGAGGAAGAAACUUCAUCCAACCAGUAUUACAUCUCGUCGAUCAAGUCAACCCUGCUCAUACGCCAGCUCCCUUCUCAAGGCCUUUCCUUCCAGCUCUGGCCGGCAGCCACCACGCUUGUUUCCCUCCUCGAUCUCUACUGCACUGACCCCACUCACGGCCCUCUCGCCCCCAUUUUAUCCGACGGAGCCGAUCGUCGCCGCCUCAACAUUCUAGAGCUUGGCUCUGGCACUGGCCUGGUUGGCUUAGCCGCCGCGGCUAUCCUCGGAGCUAACGUCACCCUCACUGACCUCCCUCAUGUCAUUCCCAACCUCCAAUUCAACGCUGACGCCAAUGCCAGUUUGUUGGCCCUCCAAGGUGGGACCGCCCACGUGGUACCUCUUAGGUGGGGUGAGGCUGAUGACGUGGAUGUCAUCGUGCAGGAAUUUGAUCUUAUAUUGGCCUCUGAUGUUGUUUACCACGAUCACCUUUAUGACCCUCUUCUCGAAACGCUGCGUUUGUUUCUGAAUUCAGGCAAGGAGGAGGAGAAUAAGAAGAAGAAUAUGAUGUUUGUGAUGGCUCACUUAAGGAGGUGGAAGAAGGACUCGGCGUUUUUCAGAAAGGCAAAGAAACUGUUUGAAGUUCGAACUGUACACGUGGAUCCUCCUUGUAAUGGAGCCAGGAUUGGUGUGGUGGUUUACUGUUUUAAUGGGAAGACAGAAAAAAAUAUGAAGAAUCCUUGUUAGUGGCAGUGGGGAAGCAUUUGAGAAAGUGCAUUGUGUUGUGUUGUGUUGUGUUGUUCAAUUGUGAUUCCAUCAGUUUAGAACUCCCUUUACCACUUAAGAUUAGGGUCUGGUUUUGUCCAAACCCAAUCAAAGGUUACUUCAAGUUCUCUUCGAAUUUAAAAUGGUUACCUAAGUAUCAAAUUCAAUUAA